GAGAGCAUGUGCAAGACCGAUCGUGCGUCGUUUGACGUGCACGCGAUGUCUUGCGACUCGAGCCGGCGAUAGUCGACAAGCAGACCCGAGACAGAACCGGAGAGUCUACAAAAGUCCAGAUGGACCUCGCUACCAAUUCAAUCCCAAUCCUUUCGAUCCAGCCUCCUCAGACACCAACGAUCAGCCCUUACAGAGCCUCCCGCUUGUAUCUCUCCCCGAGCUGGCCAAAUGUCGUCAGCCACCACGGGGUGUGAGGAUGCUCGCACGUGAUUUCAUCGACGAUUCGCUGUACAAUCCGAAUUACGGCUACUUUCCAACUCAGGCAGAGAUAUUCGACCCUGACUCAUUGCAUUCGGAAGAUGUAGCAUCCGUAGAAAGUGGUCAGAGAGGCUUUGACUUUGGUAGCUUGCGCCGUGGAUCAGACUUUGCCGACGAGCUCGCGCGGCGGUAUGGCGAGAGUGAAGCUGGAGCGCGUCGUCAAGUAUGGCAUACACCCACAGAGCUCUUCAAGCCAUGGUAUGCAAGAGCCAUUGCGCGGUUCCUGAGCUCAGAGUACCGUCUAUCGCUCUAUCCUUAUGCCGAUCUGACGAUUGUCGAAAUUGGCGCCGGCAACGGCACGUUGAUGCGAGGCAUUCUCGACUAUCUCGCACAGCAAGAUCCAGAAGUCUACGAUCGCACACGGUACCGAAUCGUCGAGAUUUCACCAAGACUAGCAGCCCAGCAGAAACGGCAAAUUGGGCCGGAGCAUGCUACCAAAGUACAAAUACAUCAGAGCAGUAUAUUUGACUGGCAGGAGACAGUGACCGAGCCUUGCUUUAUCGUCGCAUUGGAAGUGCUCGACAAUCUCGCUCAUGAUGUCGUUCGAUACACUCUCGAAACACACCAGCCCUUGCAAUGUGUGGUCGCAGUAGAUCAGACUGGCGACUUUCAUGAGCUCUACGAGCCCGUCAGUGAUCCUGAUCUCAAGCGUUUCCUUGCCCUAAGGCAAGCGACGCCGACUUCCUCUCGCUCGCCUGCUCUCAAUCGAUUCUUGUCAGCAUCUCCUGCAUUGCGCAAGCUCAGAGCAAGUAUGCCCUUUGCACCCAAUCUGACCCUGCCAGAAUUUGCGCCCACUCGAGCUGUCGCUCUGCUCGACGUCUUGCGCGAGAAAUUUCCUCUGCAUCGACUGCUCAUGUCCGACUUUGACGCACUGACAGAUACCGUUCCUGGCUUCAAUGCGCCCGUCGUACAAACGCGCUACGACGGACAGUCAGUCGCAUGCUCUACCUACCUCGUCUCGCAAGGCUUCUUCGAUAUCUUCUUCCCGACGAACUUCAAGUUGCUCAAAGAACUCUACGCUCUGGUCAUGCAAGAUCACAGAACCGAUCCGACUGCGGGCGCAUCGAACGACUUUUUCUCGCCCACAAGGCGUCGAGCGCUUUCUCCCGCCGGCGGCCUGUUUUCAGGGUUUGCCUCGCAGAAGCUCAAGAUCUACGGGCAUGCCGAGUUCUUGACGCGCUACGGCGAACUGGAGAAGACUCAGCUAAAAGAUGGCAGCAACCCGAUGCUCGAGUACUAUCAGAACACCAAAUUCAUUUGCUAG